GAGGGUCCCAACAAAGACUGGAGCCUCGUCAGCAUCAUCAGAAACCACAAGAAACCAGGUCAGUGUGUGGGGCCCGCUCCCUUAGCUCCAGGGCUCUGCUGUGAGCUCUGUGGCUUCUUGAGCAGACUGUGCUGAGUAGUGGAUCCUUUGAAGCCAAAGGCCCCUUUGGCAUGGAGCCCUGUGUCCAGAAAAGCUGGGAGUGACUAGAGAAAACAGAGCCGUAGUCCUGAGAGUCAGCCAGGUGGGGAACCAGCUGCAUAUGGAGUCAUGUGAUGCUUAUGUGCAGCCUUUAGUGCUUUCUUACUGUUCUGCGCAACUCCAAAUGGUGCGCCAGGCACCUCUGUCUUUGGCAUCCAAUGCAGAGUAGUGUUUAAUAGCUCUGUCAGUUCUCUAAGUGAGGGGAUGAAGCAUAUGUCUAGAGGGGAUCAAAGUCAAGAGCUAGUUAACAGGGCGUGUAGGAUCUAGGGUGUUGCAGGAGUAGGAGGGGUUAAGAAAUGGGUGCAGCCGACCAUUUCCCUAACCCUGUGCUGGCCUCUUUCCUGCUAUUUCUCUGCCAGAGCAGGAGACAUGCCCUCCUUGCCCUCCAGUCGGAGGCAGUAGGGUUUUCUGGGGGGCAAGCAUCCCUCAGUCCCUCUGCUUGGAGGAGAAGGAAUGUGGCUUGGCCUGCUUGUUAGGAUCAAGGAGGAGUUUGGGGCUGGGCGGGGCAAGGGCAGGCUGAGGCGAGGGUUCCUACUGGCAUUGUGCUCCCUGUUGCUGGACUGCAAAGUCCUGCCACCCGCCUUCAGGCCGUGCAGCUAUGUUCUGGGUGCCCUGACCCAACGGAAGUCCAUGGGGCACCCCAGACUGGCAGCCCUGCUCCUGCCUCUCAGCCUGCUGCUCAUUGGCGUCUCUGCCUCUGCUGGGAUUGGCUGUCCCUGUCUGCCCCACUGGACUACCCGCCGUCUGCUGGUCUCCCACAUGGAUGACAGUUUCACUGAAAGAUCUGCCCAUAUUCCUUGCCAUACCCUGCCACAUACCCGGGGUGCUUGGCUCUGGUGCUGUCCCUGCAGUUUGUGCCUGCACCUGGUGUCAACUCCUUCAGACCUUCAACUGAGCUGGUUCCACCGCCUGGUGCAGAAAUCCAAAAAGUCUUACAUGUUCCAGUUCUGUAGGAGACAUAAGAUGCCAGCAUCUGCUCAGAGGAAGCUUCUGACUCACUGUUGCCUGUCUGAGAAGGACCAUCAAAUGUCCGUCCCCUCCCCAGACAUCUCCCAAAAUGGGCUGCGCUUCAAAAGGACCCAACCUUCAGAUCCAGAGGCAGUGGAAGGUCUCCCGAGACAGGACUCACAAAGGCAUAAAGGGCCUGAGUUCUCCUUUGACUUGCUGCCUGAGGCACGGGCCAUUCGAGUGAGCAUUCCCUCAGACCCUGAGGUCAGCGUGCGUCUUUGUCACCAGUGGGCACUAGAGUGCGAAGAGCUGAGCAGUCCCUUUGAUGUCCAGAAAACCGUGUCUAGGGGCCACACUGUAGACCUGCCUUAUGAAUUCCUUCUGCCCUGUCUGUGCAUAGAGGCAUCCUACCUGCAAGAGGAUACAGUGAGGCGCAAAAAAUGUCCCUUCCAGAGCUGGCCUGAAGCCUAUGGCUCGGACUUUUGGAAGUCAGUGAACUUUACCGACUACAGCCAGCACAGUCAGAUGGUCAUGGCCCCAACACUCCGCUGCCCACUCAAGCUGGAAGCCUCCCUCUGCCAGAGGCAGGGCGGGAACAGCCUCUGUGAAGACCUGCCCAAUGCCACAGCUCGAGAGUCAGAGGGGUGGUAUGUUUUGGAGAAGGUGGACUUGCACCCCCAGCUCUGUUUCAAGUUCUCUUUUGGAAACAGCAGCCACAUUGAAUGUCCCCAUCAGACUGCCCCAUCCUGGAAUGUGAGCAUGGACACCCAGGCCCAGCAGCUGAUCCUUCACUUCUCCACAAGGACGCAUGCCACCUUCAGUGCUGCCUGGAGCCACCCAGACAUGGGGCGGGACAGCCUGCUGCCCCCUGUGUACAGCAUCAGCCAGACUCAGGGCUCAAGCCCGGUGACACUAGAGCUCAUCAUUCCCUUCCUGAGGCCAGGGGCCUGUGUUCUGGCCCUAGCCAACCGCAUCCUGUGCUGCUUCUGCACGUGGCGGACACAGAGGCGCAGCGGCGCCUGGUGGGAGCGCUGGCUGAACUGCUGCGGGCCACGUUGGGCGGCGAGCGCGACGUGAUCGUGGACCUGUGGGAGGGGACACGCGUGGCGCGUGUGGGCCCGCUGCCGUGGCUGUGGGCGGCGCGGGCGCAGGUGGUGCGGGAGCGGGGCACCGUGCUACUGCUGUGGAGCAGCGCGGGUUCCAGCCCU